AUGUUUAUCCUGUCAAGAAUAUCAGAUCUAAUACGGAUCCCACCUGAUCAAUUCAAUAAAGAUGCUCGUAAGGCAAUUCUAUUUGAACUAAACAAAAAAUAUUCAAAUAAAAUCAUUCAAAAUUUAGGUCUAGUUAUAUCUGUUUGGGAUCUAAUAAAAGUUGAUGAUGGUUUAUUGAAACCUGGUGAUGGGGCAAGUUUCAUCAAGAUAGAGGCUCGUGUUGUUGUAUUCAGACCUUUUGUCGGUGAAGUCUUGACAGGUUGGAUAGAAAAAUGUACAUCUGAAGGUAUACAAGUUAAAAUGGAGUUUUUCAAUGAAGUUUUCAUACCGAAGAAUUUAUUAUUUGAAGGUAGUGAAUAUUCAAUUAAUGAAAAUGCUUGGAUUUGGAAUGCUGAUGAUACAAAAUUAUACCUUGAUGUUAAUGAAAAAAUAAGGUUUAGAGUGGAGGAAGAAAUUUUUGUAAAUGUUAAACCGACUGGUCCAAUUUCAAUUGAUGGUACUCCAAUAAAUAAUAAUGAUAAUGAUGAUGAAAAUCAAGAAAAAGAGAAUAAACCAAGUUAUGCUAUCUUAGGAAGUUGUCAAACUGAUGGUAUGGGUGUUGCUAGUUGGUGGGAUUAA